ACGUGGUGAGGAGUGGGACUGUAUGUCAGUUGUGUGUCUCACACCAUGGAUAACUAUCCCAUGUUCAUGUUGCUAACGGAGUUCUCCUUGUAAGGAACUCUAUACCAUCUCUUCUGGGUUUCUGUCGCAAAGUUAGCCUGGCCGUCACUACCAAAUUGGGGCGACAGACCACUCCGUACAAGCCGCCACCAUAUUGAGGGAACAAACGAAGAGGAAGGAGAAGGCGGCCAAGAAACUGGCUUUGUUGAAGGAGCAGGCGACGAAGAAAAAGGAAUUAGAAGAGGAGGUGAAGCGGCUGCUAAAAGAGCAACAGGAAGAAAUCGCAGCACUCGAGAGAGAAGAAGAACAAAAAGAGGAAGAGAAGGAGGAGGUGUCAGAGACCCCGUUGAAGAAAAUGGUAAGAGGGGUCACAAAAGAAAGAGGAGAAUCUAGUGGCGCCUCAGCAGAAAAGGAAGAAGUCGGAAGGAUGAUUGAGGAAUGGGCUGCCAAGCUGGAAAUUGGGAAAGAACAGAAGGCGAGAUUGCUGGUUCCCCAAGCGGAGAAGGAGGCGGUUCAGAAGGAGCUGGAUGCGGUGGAAAGCCCCUUGCAGAAGAAGGCAAUGGAACAGGAGAAAAUGUUGGAGUGGAAGCUGCGCCUUGCAACGGAGAAGACAAGAAGGUUGCAAGCUGCAGAGAAGGCAGAGAAGGAGUUGAGGGUUGCGGAAGAGAGUCUGGGUAAGCUGCCCGAAUGGGCAGAUAUUAAUCAGAAGCUAGAUACACUUGUGAGGAUUGAGCCCUCAAGUAAGGGCCUUGCCAUGACGUACAUGUUCUAGGCUAAGGCCCCAGCAAGCCUAGUGCCCGCCCUAAGUGAAGGCGGGCCAGCAAAUCAACAAGAGCCCUAUGU